UUAGGUUUGUAAAUAGACAUAUAGCAAGUUUUUACGGGUUACUUAUAGAAUUUUAUUAACACAACAAGAUGACUAAUAAAUCAAAGCGUAAAAAAAGAAAAUGCAUAUGCGAUACUGUGCAUUUACUGCAUCAAAUUACAGGUGAACCAACAAACUUACCAAAGAAAGAGCUGAAUCAAAUAAGACUUAGCCUGUUCACUGAGAGAAACUCAGACGGGACGGGCAGACUAAUUUUACGCGGAAACGAUUUAUACGACAGAUUUAAACUAAGAAUACAGGAUAGCGACAUCAGAUCCAUAUAUCAGUACGUCCGAGAAGCACCCAGAAGAAUUACAGUCUUAGAUUUACCUUACAACCAAAUAACCGACACGGGAUUCAGUAAGUUAGUAAAGAAACUGCUGGUAAAGGGUAGAUCGAGCAUAAUAAACUUGAAUGUGAUGAACAACAACUUGACGGAAAAAUCAGCUCUGGUAUUAGCCCAGUACCCGACAUUUAUAAAACUGAAAUACUUAAGGUUGAAUGGAAACCAUUUGGGUACAAAAGGCGGAGAAUAUUUCGCUAGAUUCCUAGAAGAUAAUACGAGUGUAGAGUAUUGCGAUAUAGGACAGAGCGGCCAAACUUUGACCAGCGUCGCUCAAAUCGUGGCAGCGUUGAGGACAGACCACAUCAGCCCAAAUAGAAUGCUGAAAGUUUUGGAUUUCAGCAGGAUCGAUAACAUUUUCAAUCGCUACAACUACGAAUCGAAAUGGCUGGCUUAUCACAUAGAGCUUUUAUUAGAAAGAAACAACACUCUCAUAGAGUUACAUCUGCAGAAAAACGAGUUUAUCAGUCAUGAUAUGGAGUACUUUGCGAGGGGACUGAGGAGGAAUCAUACUGUUUUGUAUCUCGAUUUAGGUUACAACAGGAUCGGCGACUACGGUGCCGAGUUGCUAGCCAAAUAUUUGGCGGAAAACCCUCAGUUGAUUUUUCUGAACAUCGCUGGCAACGAAAUUAAGGACACGGGCGCAAGAGCUAUCAGUUUCGGGAUGCCCUACUCAAAAUUACGUGCUUUAGAUAUUUCCAAUAAUAAAAUUACCGAUCGAGGUGUUUUAGACCUUCUCAACACCAUCAGGAAACCUUAUUACCUCCGAUUCCUAAACAUUUGGGGUAACAAAUUUGGACAUGUGGCUUGUGGUGUUAUAGAAAGAAUGUUAUAUAGCGGUACUUUAUUCCAACACACGAUUGAUGUGAAAAUAUAUGAGGUGGACGAAAUUCUGUACGCUGCAUACUAUCCCAAUCCUGCGGAUAGGAAUAAGCAUCUUUAUUAUUGUGAAUUAGAUUAUGGUUUUGCCCAACCUAUUUAUGAUAUAAAACGGAAUGUUGUAGAGGAAAAAAAGAAAGUCGCGAUGGAUUGUAAGCAAAGGCAUAAGCUAGAUAAGACAGACAGAGAUCACUUUUAAAAUGCAUAUUUUUUUACGAGUUUAAUUUUUAAGUUUUUGCUUUAUUCUUGUAGAUGCUUUGUCGCUGGUUUUAUGAAAUAAAAAUUUAUUUUCGUACAACAAUUGUUUAUCAUUUUAUUUUUAUCACUUUUCACUUUAAAUUUCUUGUAUAUU